AUGGAUGAGGUUUUAGAGAAAUUGAACCUUGGUCGCUUCAUUGAUAAGUUUAAAGAACAAAAGAUCUCAGCCGAUAUGAUAUGCAAGUUGUCGUUGCAAGAGUAUGCAAUGUUGGGUAUAAACGACCGACAAGAUAUUAUGGCACUCCGAAUAGCUUGUUCAACGUAUGGAGAAAAACCACCUACAAAGUUAAAUUCAUUUUGUGGCGCCCCCCAGUUUCUCAUUCCAAAGAGUGUAUUAGAGUGCUGGUUGGACGACGACUUUACCAUUAAAGAGAUAUCGAGGUUGUUGUCUGUAUCAGAGAGUACAAUUUAUCGGAGAAUGCGUGAAUAUGGCCUCAGUAAAUUACAAUUUACGGAUAUCUCGGAUCAUGAUCUUGAUCUCCAG